AUACUACAUCUCAACAAAACUUCUGUUCUAGGCGCUUUAUUUAAUUUUAAUUAUUACUAAUUUCAUUUGCUUUUCACUUGAAAAUAUUUUCCAGAUAUGAGAUGGCAAGAUCAAAAAAAGAACAAGAGCGUUAUCUUGAGAAAAGGAGAGAGAUGAAGAAGAUGAGCAUGAGGAAAGCUAGAGAGAAGUUGCGAAGUGAUCCUGUUAAAUAUGAAGAAAUAAAGGCCAAAGAUAGAAACCGAUAUAGAAGAAAAAAAGAAGAAGGGAAAGUAAAGUUGAUAGGAGAAAUGAGUAAUCGUGAUCAAAGACGGAUACGUCAGGAAUGGAGGAAGCGGUCAGAAAAAUACCGUUUAAAAAAGAAAAAUGAAGAAAACAUCCAUGAUUUUGUAGUAUCCAAUAGUCCACCAUCAACUCCAGAAUCUCAAAUUGAAAUCAUUCAGCCUAGCACAAGCAGACAACAGGAGUGUGGUAAAAAGAUAGCAAGAAAGAAUAGAGAAAUAAAAAACCAAAAAAUUAAACAGCUGCAAAAAAAACUGGAUAUGGCUAAUUCUAAAGUGAAUCGAUAAAAAAACGCUU